AUGAAAGCUUCUGGUCGAUGUGAAACGUUUGUUGGUCGAGAAGAUGAACUUGCUGUCAUCCAAAAGUACCUUCUUUCAAGUGAAUCCUCACAGCCACUGGUAGUUUUUGGGCCAUCAGGUAGUGGUAAAACAUCUCUGCUAGCAAAGGGUGCUAUUUUAGCCAACAGCAUUCGUGGACUACAUGAGCAAGCGAAUCCUGCGGUCAUUGUAAGAUUUUUAGGAACAACCCCCGACAGUUCUUCUAUCCAGCAACUUUUGUACUCAGUGUGUCACCAGCUAGCAUUUGUUGCCAACAGAAACAGAAGUGACGUUCCAGAAGAUUUUCUUAGUUUGAAAGUUUACUUCAGAAAUUUAGUCCUAGAAGGUGAUUUUAGAGGAAGGGUUCUGAUUGUGCUGGACGCCUUAAACCAGUUAUCGACUAAUCAAAAUGCACAUAAAUUAGACUGGCUCCCAGCCCGACAUGCUAGAAAUGUUAAAAUAAUCGUAUCAACGAUACCGUUCAAAUUCAAAAUAUUAGAUAGACUCAUGAACAGAAUCCAAGACAACUUCAUUCAUACUCAACCCUUACCGACCAAGGAUUGUGAAGAUAUUGUGAAAAUUCUGCUAGACAGGUCUCAACGAAAAGUCACCUACGAGCAAUGGAAAACCAUCCGAAAGUCAUUUCAGAGCUGCACCCUUCCUCUCUUUGUCACACUUACCUUUGAAGAAGCAAAGAGGUGGCAUUCUUAUGAUCAAAGCCAUGAGAAUGUCCUCACGACUACUGUCGAGUCUUGCAUUCAUACUCUAUUCGAACGUUUAGAAAAGAAGCACGGUAAAAUGUUUGUAGCCAAGGCGUUAUCAUACAUAACAGCUGCUAGAGACGGUUUGAGCGAAUCGGAAUUAGAAGAUAUUCUUUCACUCGAUGAUGAAGUCUUGAACAGUUUAUUCGUUAUGUGGCUUCCCCCAAUUCGUCGUUUGCCACCAAGUUUAUUGUCUCGCCUGCAAUUGGACAUCGGUAACUUUCUGUUGGAAAGAGAUGCGGAUGGGACUGUGGUAUUGUCUUGGUUUCAUCAACAAUUUGUUAAUGUUGCUCUCAACAUUUAUUAG